AUGGAUUACUAUUUAAGUAAAUUACCCGGCUUUGGACGAUUUACUGGUCCUCGACAUUUUCAAAUCUUCAAGAAUGUUGCACCAUCACUAGCAAUAUUCGGAACAUCAGCAGCUAUCUACUUUCUUUACAUAUCCGAUUGGAAGGAACUGCUUCUGACGAUUAGAUUAUGUCAUCUCAAGAAAAUGUAUCCAUUCGAGCGGUCAAUCAAUUAUAAACACACUUUGGUUAUAGCUGUUGUCCUUGGUGUCGUACUUUGGUCAAUGGUUAUCGUGGUUGCUUCAAGUGGUGGCCGAAAAGAAGGCGCAAAAAAAGAAUAA